AUGCUAACAUUUACUGUAUAGUAUGAUGGGAAAUAAUUUAAUUCGGAAUGCCAGAGUUAUAGAAAGGUCCAAGAUUACGUUGAUAAGUUAAUUUCUACCCUGAAAUUAUCAAUUUAAAAUAAGCAAUAUGGAUUAUUCAUGAAUAAUAAUGAGCUUCAAAGGGAUAAAACAUUUUUAGAUAACAAAGUUAUUAGGGGAGCACUUUUAGAAUUGAGAAUCACUAAAACCUUUGAGUAUGCCUUUCUCAAAGUUAAUAGAAAUGGGAAAUCCUUUUGGCCUCAUAUGAGUUUGGCUGCGAUGGCAUAAGAAUUAUAUUAAGUGACUGCUUAAGAGUUUAAAAUUGCUGAUGAUACAUUUACACUUUUCUUUUAAGGAAUUCCCCUUGAGAGAAAUGUUUAGUUAGCUUAAUAUAAUAUAAUUGGAAAUUCUAUUAUUAAUUGUGAAAACAAAGAGUUCGCUAAACAAGAUGAUUAGGUAAUCAACUAACAAUAAAACAUUUUGAAUGCAAAGAAUAUUACAUAAGAAUAAUAGAAUUAUAGCUAGCCAGAAAUUUAAUAGCAAUAAUAACAUUUCAUAGUUAUUUUAGAAUAUCGCGAAUAAAAAUAAGUAAUUGAGGCAACUUUAGAUACUUACAUAAAUGAAAUCAUAGAAAUUGCUAAAUAUAUGUAUAAAAUUUAGGAAAACAUUAUUUUGAAGCUGAAUUAAAAAAUUUUACCAAACGACUAAAACUUACAAUAAUUAUAAAUCAAGAAAGGAUAUACUCUAACAAUUGAAAUUUAAUAAUAGUAAAUACCAUAAUAAUAAUAAAUAUCUUAAUAAUAAUAAAUACCUCAAUAAAAUAUUAAUAUUAUUUUAGAAUAUAUUAAUUCAAAAACAUAACUCGAAGUAGCGAAAGAUACUUACAUUUAAGAACUAGUCGAUACUGUAAAAUAGUUACACAAAAUAAAUGAAAGUAUAGUCUUAAAAUUGAAUCAAUAAAUUUUACCAAACAACUUAACUCUAGAAUAAUUAUAAAUCAAAAAAGGUCAUACACUUUCAGCUGAAGUUCAAUAAUAGUAACAGCCAUAAUAGUAAUUACCCUAAUAAUAAACACGAUAAUAAAAUAUCAUAAUUUUUUUAGAGUAUCUUAGCUAAAAAACACAAAUCGAAGUAACUGUAGAUACCUAAAUAUAAGAACUAGUAGAUACUGUAAAAUAAUUACACCAAAUAAAUGAAAAUAUAGUCUUAAAGUUGAAUCAAUAAAUUUUACCAAAUAACUUAACUCUAGAAUAAUUACUAAUCAAAAAAGGUCAUACACUUUCAGCUGAAGUUCAAUAAUAGUAACAGCCAUAAUAGUAAAUGCCCUAAUAAUAAACACGAUAAUAAAAUAUCAUAAUUUUUUUAGAGUAUCUUGGCUAAAAAACACAAAUCGAAGUAACUAUAGAUACCUAAAUAUAAGAACUAGUAGAUACUGUAAAAUAAUUACACAAAAUAAAUGAAAACAUAGUCUUAAAAUUGAAUCAAUAAAUUUUACCAAACAACUUAACUCUAGAAUAAUUACUAAUCAAAAAAGGUCAUACACUUUCAGCUGAAGUUCAAUAUUAGUAACAGCCAUAAUAGUAAAUGCCCUAAUAAUAAACACUAUAAUAAAAUAUCAUAAUUUUUUUAGAGUAUCUUGGCUAAAAGACACAAAUCGAAGUAGCGUUAGAUACUUGCGUAUAAGAAAUUGUAGAUAUUGCAAUACCAUUAUACGAAAUUAAUGAAAAUAUAGUCUUAAAGUUGAAUCAAUAAUUUUUACCAAACAAUUAAACUCUAGAAUAAUUACUAAUCUAAAAUGGUCAUACACUUUUAGUUGAAGUUCAAUAACAGUAACAGCCAUAAAAGUAAAUGCCCUAAUAAUAAACGCUUUAAUAAAAUAUCAUAAUUUUUUUAGAGUAUCUUGGCUAAAAGACACAAAUCGAAGUAGCGUUAGAUACUUGCGUAUAAGAAAUUGUAGAUAUUGCAUUACCAUUGUACGAAAUUAAUGAAAAUAUAGUCUUAAAGUUGAAUCAAUAAUUUUUACCAAACAAUUAAACUCUAGAAUAAUUACAAAUCUAAAAUGGUCAUACACUUUUAGUUGAAGUUCAAUAACAGUAACAGCCAUAAAAGUAAAUGCCCUAAUAAUAAGCGCUAUAAUAAAAUAUCAUAAUUUCAUUAGAGUACCUUGGGUAAAAAACACCAAUAGAAGUAGCGCUAGAUACUUAUAUAUAAGAACUAAUAGAUACUGUAAAAUAAUUGCACCAAAUUAAAGAAAAUGUAGUCUUCACUUUGAAUUAAUAAAUAUUACCAAACAACUAAACUUUAGGAUAAUUAAACAUUUUGAAAGGCACUACUCUAACAGCGGAAGUUCAAUAAUAAUAAUAAUCAAUAUAAUUAAUUAUUUAUCACUCUAAUUCUUAACCAUUACCUGUUGAGGUAGACUAAGAUACUAAAGUGUCAGAAUUAGCAAUUGAAUUAUAGGGCUAUUACCAAAUUUCAUAAAUUUUGUUUACUUUAGAAAAUAGAUAGGUGUUAGAUCAAUUGUUAACUUUUAGAGAAUAAAAUAUUCUUACAGGUACUAAAUUAUACAUCUAAUAAAUCUACGAUACUCCAACCUAAAUACCAUCUGGAAUGCAAGAAAUAGUUUUGAUAAUUUUAUUUGAGAGUCAAACCAUUAAUAUAACUAUCCCUAAUAAUUCCCUGGUAAAAGAGCUUGAAGAUAUGCUAAAGAAAAAUUGGAAUCUCAAUUAUGAAAUAAAUCUAUUUCACAAUGAUAAAAUGCUGAAUUCGAAUGAAACCUUUCUAAAGUAGCAAAUAGUUAAAGGAUCAAAGUUAGUGGUUAAAUAAGCAUUAGCUUAAAAAAAAUAAAUUCAAUUAAGCUUGGUUUAUGAGAGUUUAAAUCCUCUUCAAGUCGAAGUCGAGGAUGACACUUCUAUUAAAGAAUUUGAAGAUUUAAUCAUUGAAUAAUAUAAGCUAGAAAAAGGUUUGAUAAUCUCAUACAAAGAAUAGAUUUUAGAUUCAACAAAAACCCUGUUAGACUAUUAAAUUAAAGAUAAUUCGGUUCUCAACUUCAAAUAAAAAGCAAACUAAGUUAACCUUGUUAUUCAGGCCUUCCAUCAAACUGUAGAUUUUAAUUUUAGUAAAGAGACAAAAAUUAGUAAUAUGAUUGAAGAUAUAAGGAGAAGAUUUAAUUCAGUAGAUCAAUUGAUGAUCUAAAAAGAGAAUGGAGAAAUUUUAAAUCCAGAUUUCACUAUAAAGCAAUAUGGGCUUUUUGAUACAUAGACCUUAAUUGUAAUUCCAAAAUAAAAUAAAUAACCUGAAUAAGUGAUGCCGAUAGGAAGAAAAAUAAAUGUGAUAGUAGAUUAUAAUGGGAAAAAAAUAUAGGUUGAAGUUUCUGAUAACACAGUCGUAUCAUAGUUCAUUGAAUAAAUCAGACCAAAUUUAUAACUUUAAGGAGAAGUUUAACUUAAUCUUGAGGGAUAAUAAGUUCUAAAUCCUUUCGAAACUUUAGUCAAUUAGAAAGUUUAAAAAGGAAGUCGAUUAAUUGUUAAUCAAAUGAAAUAAGGUUCCUCUCCCAUAAAUAUAAGAUCACUAUUCCUGACGAUCGAUUAUAAAGGUAACCGUACUACAUUAGAAGUUACUGAUGAUACUCUUGUCUCUGAAUUAAUUUUUACGAUGAAAGGUAAUUUAUAAAUCAAAGAAGAUUGCAAUUUGUGCUUUGAAAAUAAAAAAGUUCUGCAACCAAAUUCAUCAAUAAAGGAUUAAAAUGUUGAUAACAACUUGGUUUUAUAUUUAAUUCCGAUUGUGGAUAAUGCCUAGAAGCAACCUUCCUAAUAAUCACCUUAAUUACUUCAAUAAGAAAUAUUUUUGAACUUUUAUUAUUAAAAUUAAACCACUGAUUUAAAAAUUGAUCCUAAUAUAUUAGUGAAGUAAUUGAUUGAAGGUAUUCAAAGCAAUUUGAAUUUAUAGGAAAAAUUUUAAUUAAGUUUGGAUGGCAAAAAUAUAUUGAAUGAGGAAUAGUCUUUGGCUGCUUUAAAAAUAUAGGAUAAGAGCACUUUAUAUCCAAUUUUCGACCAGAAACCUCAAUAAUAACAAGAUUAAGAGAAUUUCAGUUUAUAUAUAGAUUAUUAGAAUAAUCAGCAUUAGAUUGUAAUAUCAUCUAAUUCAUUAGGAAAUGAGUUGGUGGAAAUGGUUAAAAAAAUCACUUUAAACAUACCAAUAAUAAAUAUACUGAUUGAUGGAAAAACUCCUUUGAUCUUAGAUAAGACUCUGAAGGCUUAGAAUUUGAAGAACCAUAGUCAUCUCUAAGUUCAAGUUUAAGGAUAAAUGUAUGGAUCACAAUUACAAUGGCAAUAACAAUAACAAUAACAAUAACCGUUUUAAUCCUCUUAAUAAUAAAAAUAAUAAUUCCCCACUAUGAAUUAAAACCCGUUCUUUUAGAAUCAGCCUAAUAAUUUUUAAAUACAACCAUAAAAUAAUAAACAAGGACCUCCAAUAAAUUAAUAAUUAAAUCCAUUUUAAAAAUUUGGUCCCCCUAAUUAGCAAAACCAAUUUGAUGGUUCUAAUUAAAGUUCAUAAUUCUUAAAUAGUUCUGGAUACUAACAAUAAUUUCCCUUAUAGUCUUAAGCAGGUCUCUCUUAGUAAUUUUAAAGAUUUCCAACACAAUUUUAAAAACCACAACAAUAGCCAAUGGGUGGAAUUCCUUAGUAAUAAUAUAACCUUACUUUAUCCUAAUAAAACAAACCAAUUGUAAUUUAGCUGAAAUACAUGAAUUAAUUUUCAAGGUAGGAAUUCAAUAAAAACAAUUCAGUAUCAGAUAUGAUUAAACGUUGCUAGGAAAUAUUUAAUAUACCAUAAGAACCAACAAUUCAACGUAAUGGUCAGGAUUUGAAUUCUUCAUAGGUUUUAGAAUCAUGUAGAUUCUAAGAAUUCGAAAUUUUAGAAGUUGUUUUAAAGCAAUCAAAUCCAUUUAUUUUGAAUAUUUCAGUGCAAAACAACAAUAUUCAAGUGGAAACAGAUUUAGAUUAAUAGAUUUUUGAGUUUAUGGAUGAGUUGAAAGUAGCAUACAGUAUCAAUUAUGCCACAGAACUCGUGUAUAAUCAAAUACAGUUACUUCCAGAUAAGACUUUUAGGUAAUAGAAUAUUCCAAAUAACAGUUAUUUGAUUUUGAGAUAGAAACAACUAAAUGGUAAAUUGAAGAUUACAUAAAGUUUAAAUUUAAUGAUUGUCAAAGUUAGAGAUGGAAUGAAUUUGAUACAGAUUGAAAUACCUCCCACAGCAACUGUUUAAGAUUUUGAGAAAAAGGUUAAGGAAAAGAUAAUAAUAAACACUAAUUGUAGAUUUUAAUUCAACAUGAUGAUUUUGAACCCAUAGUAAACUUUAGCUCAAUAAGGAAUAAACAACAAUUGUGAAGUAUUGUUGCUUCGAUGA